UGUUCGAAGAAUAAAACAACACAAGAAGAAAUGAAACCUGUUUGGCAGCAUUAGAAUUUUUCCGGCCUUUGCUAUGAAAGAACCGGAAGUUAUUCAGAGAUUUCCAGAAGCUGAGACGAUUUCCGAUGAGAAUGACACCACCAAGCUUUUCAAUAAAGACCACAACUAUUUCUCGGUAGAAGAGAAAUGCGGAGUGUUAAUGUCGGACAGCUUAGCUAAAAACGAGAACGGGGAUUUAGAUAAAAAUGCUUUAGAUUCAGUUGUUUCGGAUGAUUUUCGAAAUGGAAAAACUCAUUUGUUAUCGCUUCAAAGUGAAAACCAAGAGGAUUGUAUACUUCCUGGGGAUAUAACGAGAGAAACGUCUAGAAUUAACCGACCUCGAUUUGAUGCACGUUUUCGGACUAAUUCGUUGGAUUCAGCAUUUAGUGAAGACUCGCUUAUUGAUUUUGAAGGUGGUGAAGAUUCAAAGCUUGAAUCGAUUAUAGAUCAAUUGAUUUUCUAUCCAGACGAUCUCCAGACUGAUCUUUCGAGUUAUGUGAAAUCGGAUAACAAUUCUACUUUUAAUGAUAUUGAUAGCUUUGAUGUGAACGAUCUGUUUUGCUCAGACGCCAUUUGCGAUGAUUCACAAAUGGCUGCCGUCCAUUCUUCAGAUCUGAUCGAUCGAAAAGGCAAUGCCGUUCACAAGCUUCUGAUAAGGAUGUUUCUGGGAGGAAUGAAGUGGAGAGCGACACUCUUAAGGGAGAUAACUCACUUUUAGAGCCAUUAUGUUUUUUUGAUACUUUGGAUUCGUAUGAUAUGAAAAAAUCUUAUAAAGGUAAUAAGGGAUGGUUUUCAGUGAGGUUUGAAUCGGAAUCUGGGAGGUCGGAGAGGAAUGGUUUAAAGACCCCAGGAAAUGUAGAAUUCGAUGAACACAUCGAAAUGAAAAGCGAAUCUUCUGGAAAUACGUUGAGUUGCAUGAGCGAACAGUUAAUGAUGGAGAAUUUGAACGGGCGAAAGCUGAACAGUUAUCUAAGCCAAGAAAAGCACACGGAUAUACGGGAUUUGAUUUCAAAUAAGGACCGUUUAAAAUCUGUUUUGAAAGAUUUGGUUCUAAAUAAAGACUAUUUUGAACAAGAUAAAACAAACCCUCUUUCGCCGACGGAGCAAAAGGCAUCAGUAGAAGAGUUCAAUACAAAAUUAUUGCGUUCCUUAGAUGUUUUAGCGAUUCUUUCUCCGCAGUCUCAGGGUUCUAACGAAACGGAAAUGUUAAUUGAAUCAGCUGAUAAUGAGGUUCCUUUUAAGACUAAGAAACGGUCAGUACACAACAUGAAUUUUCUCACAAAAAGUCCACAACAGCCGGAAGGAACUAGCCAAGAAAACGCUGGCGGUAAAACACAUGAAUCAGAAAUGGCUGACAGCUGUUUUGGGAGCUCCGGUGUAUAUAAUAGGGAGUUGAUUUUGAGAAAAGAUCAACAGAUCCCGAUGUGCUGUCCU